AUGAUUAAACCACAGCAACUUAAGGCGCAAAACACCCAGGUCCCUCAGACCAUUACAUACGCCAUAUAUGCAUAUAAUUCAAAGACGGCAGAACAAACGCAAAGGUUGAAAUAUGGAGAUUUGGAGAUAGUAUUGAAAAAUGACCAUUUCGAAUUCGUUUGCAAGGGUGGUGCAGUGAUAUCAAAUAUAAAAGAAAUUUUAUUUAUGAAUUCAAAAAUUAAAGGAAUAACGGAUGAUAUAACAUCAAUUCCACCAGAAGAACAGAGAUAUUACGCAUUAAAUGCAUUUCCUAAAGUUUUGAAGAUUGGAAGAUUUAAUUUAAAUGAGGAAUUCAUAGAAGGUUUCCUAAAUGACAUAAUGAAGAAAGCAGAUAAGGAAUAUGUGGAUAGUGAGUUAAAUAAGAAGGCAAAUUUGGUUUAUGUUGAUGAAAAAGAUAAUGAAAUUAAAGAAAGGGUUGAAUGGUAUCAUGAAUGGACAUUGGAGACUUUUAAAGUUAAAGCUGAUACAGGAUGGGUUUCAGGAUGUUUAGACCUUAAAGCAGAUAAAACAUAUGUUAACGAUGAGUUAGAGAAGAAAGCAGAUAAAACAUAUGUUAACGAUGAGUUAGAGAAGAAAGCAGAUAAAACAUAUGUUAACGAAAUAUACCAAAGUUUGAUAGGAACAAAAAAAAAUAUUGAAACUAUUGUUGGGGAUGUUUCUGUCUAUGAAGAAAACAAAUAUUUUAGAUGGGAGUUUGUACACUCCUUAAAAAAUGGUAUACGGUAUAAACUCAUUCCGAAAAAUAACAAUGAAAUGUAUGUAGGCUAUAUAAAGAAUAAUGGUACACAAGUUAAAGUUCCAUUAGACAACAACUGUUACUUAAACUUAUAUGGAGACGAACAAAAGAAAUAUUUAAGAGUUUAUGAAAUGGCAGAUAUGACGUUGGCUGACCCAGCUCCAGCACCAUAUUAUUAUGACUAUGGAGAUGACGACAGAACACCACAUGUAGAUGAACAAAAACUAACAUUAUAUUUAGAUUAUUAUAGAUAUAAAAGAUAUAAUGCAAUAGAAAAAACGAGAAUAGUAUAUUAUUAUACAGAUGACAGAAAUAAAUAUUAUAGUCAAGAUUUUACCUACCCUGAAAACAUAAGAUUAUAUUAUAAAAAAUAUUCUGACACAAACCAGAAGAAACCUGAAAUAGUUACACUAUAUCUUAAGUUCAAAAGAGACAAUCCUAUAAUAUCUCAUAUGUUUGAUUUAAUGAACCCAGUAGGUUCUAUUUAUACAUCUAUGGAUGCAAGAGGUCCUCAAGUAAUGUUUGGUGUUGGUGCAUGGGAACAAAUAGUUGACAGGUUUUUGUAUUGUGCAAACUCUUCAAAGGAAACAGGAGGUUCGAAGAAAAUUACUGAAGCAAACCUUCCACCGCACACUCAUACAGGAACUACAAACUUUUCUGGUGACCAUAGUCACUCAUUAAGAGACCAUCCAUUAUACAACUCAGAAUAUUAUGCUGGCAAUGACGUUUUAUCUCCAGAUUAUAACCAUUCGGCAAAAAAGACUUUUCGACCAACUGAACCAGGAGGAAAUCAUUCACACACUUUCACAACAAAUCCAACAGGCUUGGGUAAAGAUUACAUGCCACCAUUUGUGACUAUAUUCGCAUGGUACCGCAUUCAAUAA